AUGGGUAGUCGCCGCGCCUUCUCCGUGGCUCUGCUCGUGCUCCACCUGGCUGCCCAGAGCCUGCAAGGAGGGCUGCCCCGCUCAGCUGCCGCCCUGGGGAAAGGCUCGGGGUACCCAAAUGGCUACGGACCAGGUACUGGAGGAGGUCUGAAACCCCAAAAGCCAGGUUUUGGAGGGGGUGUGGAGGCCCAGAAACCAGCAUCCAGGAGCAGUACCGGUCUGGGAGCAGGAGCCCUGACAGGCUUUGGCAACGGAGAUGGCACCCAGCCAGGCCUGGCAGCUCCCAAUGGCUUUGGACCAGGCUUCGGAGGGGGUGGCAAGCUCCAGAAGCUAGGCCCCAGCACUCAGAAUGGCUAUGGACCAGGCCUUGGAGGCAUCAUGAAACCCCAGAAACCAGGCUUUGGAGGAGGUAUGAAGCCUCAGAAGCCAGGAUUUGGAAAUGGGCUGGGAAUCCCCCCAGGUUUUGGAGGAGGCCUCAAGCCCCAGAAGCCAGGAUAUGCUAACGGGCAUGGGCUGGGUGCCCGCUGGCCAGGGUACAGGCACAGACUCGGAGCUGGAGCCUUCCCAGGGGCAGGCACCCAGCCAGGCUUGGGAGGGGGUGUGAAGACUCAGAAGCCAGGAUACGGUGCGAAUGGGCUGGGGGCCUGGCCAGGUCCCUGUAAUGGGGGCAGUCCCCCACUGCGCCUCCCCGGACCCUCAACUCCAGGAGUCCCUUCAGAGAAAGGGGGCAGCUGGGGCCUGAAGUCCAAGCCCCCUCCCCCAGGGCAGAAUGGCAAGUUCCCAGGCUCGCAGCCCCCGCGUGGCUAUGGGCCUGGAGCAGUGCUGGGUGAGCACUUCCCUCUGUUGGGGUUCCCUGGGGCCUUUGGCUUUGGGAAUGGGUACAGGAAGGAAGUGCUCACAGACCCCAAAGUGGCAGCACCUGCUCCUGAAGAAAAUGGUGAGACCUGA